UACUUCAGCAGCAUUAAUUUUAUGAUAUUACUGAAUGGAGAAGCAUUUUCAGAGUGUCAUGCUGAGAAUGAAAUUCGUCCGAAAGAUCCAAUUCGUUGUCACGAUUGCGGACACAGAAUUCUUUACAAGAAACGCUGCCGAAAGUUGAUGGUCUACGAUGCUCGUUAA